GAGCGGUUUUCGUCAUUAGAUACAGAUACACAGCUGUGAGAAGUUUGUUUUCCAGUUAACGCAAGUGUUUGGACGCAGCCAAAGCCAAUGGAAAUUCAACCGUUUAACCGCACACAAACCGAAAACAAAGCCAAUACGCAGCAAACAUUUUAUGAAAAUGCCAAAAUAAUAGCACAAAUUGUGCCAAUCAGCGCCAAAGAAUAUAUAUUUAUUGGGAUAACAGAAGAGAAAUAUUACAACAAACAAUUUAAAGUGUAAGAAUAUAAACAAAGUGACAAUCCAGCCAAAAUACAUGAAAACCAUAGCCAGCCAAAAGCUGUAAAUCUAAAGAAAUUAUUGAAACACCUCCAAAUAAACCACACAAAUUGAGUUAAAAGGAGUAAAGAAAGGUUCGAGAAACAGCAGUUAAAAAAUACUCGAACAAUACAUAAUAAAGACAAGACUUAAUCAAAGGUCAGUAAUCAAUAGAGUUGCUGCAUGGGGAACAGUCUGAUAACGAGUGGAAAACCGAGUCAGCGCCGCGAGAAGAGGCUUUUCGAGAGGCUGAGCUGCAGCUACACUCAGACUGCCAAUAGAAUGGAGUUGAACGUGAAUCCGCUGCUGGUUCUGGCCCGCUCCAUAGCGGCACCUCCCACGCCGCCGCUAACCCCCGAAAAGUUGGAAUCGAAUAAAGAAGUGGGCCACCCGAAGGCGGCCAUCGAACAGCUGCCUAACGAGAUGUGGCUGGAGAUAAUGUCCUACCUGUCCUACAACGAUCUGCAGCAAUUGCGCCUGGUGUCCUGGCGAUGCCGAGAUCUGGUCCACCGUCGCCGAUUCAUGGAGAAGGGAAAGGUUAUAGUGACGCAACACAAUCUGGAGGCGAUCCACAAGCAUGCGAAGGCAGGAAACUGCUACUUGAGUUUCGAGCGGAUCGAACUGCGAAAUUUGCGCCAGUGCAGCCAGUUGGAGAAGUUCCUGCGUCUGGUGGGUCACGAGGUGAAGCAUCUGCAAGUGCGCCAUGCCCCUGUAUUCCGGAAUAUUGAUGGCAAGUUGCCAAACCUGAAAGUUCUGACGAUUGCGACCACCAGUUCCAUGGAUGACCAGCACCUGAAGUCGGUGGAUGGCCUGGAUAUGAAACAGUUCACCCACCUGGUGGGAUUCGAAUGCGAUGGCGUGAGUCUGGACUCCUCGCUGAAGCUGCUCAUGCUGCUGCAGUUGCGUCGAACGGAGAACAAGGUGCAGCUGCGGAACCUGCAAUUCGAGUUCCGAAGGAACAACGAGAACGCUUUGCUCGAUGUCCUGCGCGAUCAUGCGGACACCUUGGUGUGUGUGGACAUCUUCUUCAGCUGUUCGCCGGGCAUCGACACUCGGGAGUGGUGCCAGGCAUUCGAAACCAUGCACAACCUGCGUACUCUCAAGCUGUCCGGUAAUUGCCAUCUGGUCCUUCUGGAGGCCGUCUUAAGAGCCGUGCCUCAAUCAGCACCAAUUCGCCAGUUGGAUUUAACCGGUAUGCUGUCGCUCACCAACGAACUGCUGCUCUAUAUAGCCGACAAGUGGCAAGGCACUCUGAAGGUGCUGGAUCUUAUGUUCUGCGUCCAGCUCAACGCCAAUUGUAUUGAUGCACUGCGCCAGCUGAGUGGUCAGUUGGAGGCCCUGACCAUGGCCUACUGUAGAGAAUUGACGGGGAUGGGCUUGGUCCAGGGACUGGUCGGCAACACGAACUACGCCCUGCAGGAGCUGCAUUUGGAGGAAACCAUAUUUCUGGAUGAGAACUCGAUGUGCCAACUCCUGGAAAGACUGCCCAAUCUUCGGCGCCUUAGUUUGGAUAAUUGCCGCCAAGCGGUGACGGAUCGCACCAUGGCCACCAUUUGCAGAUACCAAACGAGACUGCGAAACCUGAACAUCGAUUAUUGCGUGAAGAUUACUGAUCAAGGGUUGGUUGGCUUUGGCGAGACUCCUUAUCCCAUUAGUCGGUUACGCGGCUUGAAGGAGCUCAACCUCCGCGGCUGUCGCAACCUUACAGAUCAUUCCCUAAAGAUAGGUCUUAAGCUGCCCGAACUGCGUGCCCUUUCCUUGGGCUAUUGCUCGCGACUCUCAGCGGAGGGUUUUGAGGCCUUGACACGGAACUGUCCAUCUCUGGAAGCUCUUUGCGUCUCCAGCUGCAUGGCUGUCGAUGAUGAGACUGUGCGGGUUAUUGUGAGUAAUCUGAAGCGCCUGAGGAUACUCAACUUGAGCAACUGUGCCAAGCUGACGCUGCAAUCGAUCCAUCAUAUCCUGACGCAUGGACACAACCUAGUGGAGCUAAUUGCCUGCUCCAUUGACGGAAUGGAUCACGAGCAGGCCCAGCGGCUUUUGGAGGCGGAGAGACCGCAAAUGAAGCAGGUGCUUCUAUAGCAGGAGAGGUACAUCCACUGACGGAGCCGGAACAGCCCCCUAAACCUCAACGAUUGGGGACGACGGGACGAUGAUGAAUUCGAUGACGAUGAGACCGAGAUUAUCGAGAUUGUGGUUUAGGCGUCGCUCCUCUGGUGACAGAUUGAAAUGAAGAUUUGCGUAUAACGUACAUUGAUUUAUCUUUAAGCAAAUUAAUAUACGCCCUGUAAACUGUGGGCUAAACUCUA